AUGACAUCUGUUACAGCAAUAUCCAACAGCAAUGCUCUUACUACAAAUACGCCUAACAAUCCUAAUAAUCAUAUCACAAAUCAGUCAUGUAAAAUACAAAAAAUUAAUUUCAAUGAAUCAUAUAAUAAUUAUGAUUUCGGAAGUUAUUCUAAUUUAGAUCACGUUUAUCCUCUAAAUAAACGUUCAUUUAAACACGAAUUCGAAAAAUUCGGUACAUCUCAUACACUUGAUUUCAAUGCUGAAUUGACACAAAUUAAAAUAAAUAGUAUGCGAAAAUCAAUACCAAACAAUUUGUACCCUAACAACCAUACGAAAUUAACAGAGAGAGGAGGAAAACCUUUUGAUUUUAAGAAGGAAGGUGAACGUAAUAAAAUAAUUAGUAACAACAAUAACAGCAAUAAACAUGUAAUAAAUAGUCUUAACCAUAAUGUUAUUACUGAAGGUUUAUUUUCCUCCAAUAAUUUUAUGAAUACUCUAAAUGUUGGUAUUCCUGCAACUACUUCUAUUCCGCGUUCUUCUCAUUCCUUUCAUAAUGUGGAGUCAGUGGCAAAUUCUGAUAUGAUAGUUAAGUCGAAGCAUCAAAUAUCAUCAAAGGAGUCGAGUGAUCAAAUGAAAUCGAACCUAGAGACAUUUGAUUCCAAUACAAACAAUUCUUCUUUUAAUAAAACACAUUCUUGUCGUCCACAGUUUACUAAGCGUCAACGUCGUCAACGAACACAUUUUACAAGUCAGCAGUUACAAGAAUUAGAGGCGACAUUCGCGAGGAAUCGUUAUCCUGAUAUGAAUUUACGCGAAGAGAUAGCUACAUGGACAGAACUUUCCGAGAGUCGUGUUCGAGUAUGGUUCAAAAAUCGCCGAGCGAAAUGGAGGAAACGUGAACGACACUUAGAUGUUGUGCUGCGUGGAACGCUCACUAAUCCAUUUGUUCCUCUAAUUCGUGCAGGAGUUGGUCAAGUAUCCAGUGGACUUGGAAAUGGUUUCCCUACAGUGGGACCAAAUCAGAUAUCAAACGCAGCUUUAGCAUUUACUCAACCACAAAUCACCUAUUUUCAAAAUUCUUCAGUUAAUAAUUGCCGUAACGCCUACCCAAUUGCAUCGAAUUCAUAUGAUCAGAUAGUGCCAAAGACAUAUCCAGUUAAAUCGCUCUACACCACUAACAAUGGAUCACCUUAUCCAAAUUCAUACUAUCCAUACGCGAGUGGAACAAAUCUACAUAUCGGAUUUCCAGUUGGGAUACCUAAUCCAUCAUGGAUAACUAGUUUCAAUAACUGCGAAUAUCCUAACAACAACAACAACAACAGUAAUGAUAGUAACAAUGCGCAUUCUACAGAUCUUAGUGCUGCAGCUUUUGCUGCAUCGAAUAUGUUAAACACAUAUUCAUCAGUAAUCCACGGAAUCAGUUCUUCAAAUCUUCUUGGUCUUAAUUCAUCUCGGGAAAAAAUUAGUUCUGUACCUUCAUUAUCAUCAUCAUCGUCAACAAAAUUCAUACAAAGUGACUUUAACAAUCCACUCACUCCGUUAACGCAUUGUUCAAAUCAACUACGUGAUACAGGUUUACAACAAUUGAAUGCAUCUUUAAAUAAUGAAAACAAUAACAACCUUGAGGGAAAUACAGUCAAGUCAUCAUCAGGAUUGACAAGUUUGUCAUGCUGUUCAACUGUCAGUAAAUCAAUUCAUUCAUCUCAGUACAUAAAUGAUCUACCUUUGAUAAAAGCCAACACAUGUAUUGAUAAUGAUUGUGUUGAGGAUGGGAGUAAAACUUAUUCAAAUCACUUUUCACUGCAUGAUAUAAAUAAUCCCUUACGAAGACUAAGAGACACUAAAGAUUAUUUUAAGUUAUCACUUCCAGGUGAAAAUAAAUCUUUAAAGUAUCAUACAAUAUGUAGGGAUUAUGAUAUCAACACCAUUAAUAGUACUAGUGUCAGUAAUAGUAAUAUUCAUGAUUCAGAAUUAACAGAUGACUUAAACUUUGAUAGUUUUAUUCCCCCUUUUAUGCGAAAAAAUGACACGUACUUUAAUGCAAACGAAACUGUCGGAUCAUUAGAUCGUACUAAUGCAAAUAUCACUUUUCCACUACCGUUGUCAUCGUCAUCAUCUUCAUCUAUACCUUCAGUAUUGAAUACUAUAACUGCCAAAAAAUAUGAGAAUUUUCAGUUAAUCAGUUCACAAACGAGUGAAUUUUUUUCAGAUAAUGAUAAUAAUCGCAAAAUAAUUGAACAAAAUUCUAAACUAGACGAAUCAUUAGGCAGAUCAUUGACUCACUACCAACAAAAUCAUCAACAAAUAUUUCACUCUCAACAGAAUAUUAAUGAACCUGUAGUUGUGAUGUCUGGUAACUCAAAUAAUUUUUCAUUUCUGCCAACUGCCGCCAUGAUGGCUGCUGCGGUGAAAAUGAAUUCUAGUGUAUACAGUUCUACACAUUUAACUGAUUUAAAUAGCACUGCAAAUACUACACAAAUACAAUCAACUCCACUGACAACAUCAACAAUUACAUAUCCAACAUUAUCUGAAUGGCAGACAAAUCUAAGUAAACUCACUUCUGUGCCAGAAACCUAUCCAAUGCAUGCACCAGUAUCAGUGUCACCAAUAUCAUCAACAUCAAACAUUGUGAAUGAAAGUCAUGAUAUCUAUCGGAACGCUAUGUUUACGCGUUAUGUACUACCAUCAGCUAAUUUGGAAACUAGCCAUCGAUGUACAAACAAUCAGACUUCAGGUUUGAAUCCUAAUCAAAUAUGCCAAUAA